CCGUCGAAUCGAUUCGAUGGAUCGGCGAUCGGUCGUCGUAUCGAUUCGACGGAUCGGCGAUCGCGAUUCGACAGACUGGAACAAGAGGAGCGUGCCCUGAUACCGCGUGAAGUACUGGAGAGGAAGAACCGCGAAUUGAGGGAAUCGGCGUAUAAAAAUACCGUAAUUAGGUUUAAAUUACCUGAUGUGUCAAGAAUUUUCGAGUUCAUUGGAGAUCUACUAUUGGAUAAAAGUAAAGAAUUUGGACUGUAUUUGGCACUGAGCCAACAAUUAAAAAAUGACAAAAAUAAAAAUUUAUUCGAAUGUUCACUGGUUCCAACGUGUACAAUUUUUGUGCGAUUCCGUGAGAAUUGCGAGGAUUACGUGGGGUUGUUUUCUGAAAGUUUAUUGAAGAGUGCAACGUGGGAGCAGGCGAAUGCAGCGAGUAAACAAUGGUAUUAA